AUGAAGGGUGGUGUCGUCGUGCUUCUGGGCCUUGUGGUCGUCGGCGCUGUCGCCACCGACGCCAGGGCGGCCGGGCUGCCGGUGGUGCCGGCGAUGUUUGUGCUGGGGGCCUCGACGCUGGACGUGGGCAACAACAACCACCUACCGGGGAAGGACGUGCCCAGGGCCGACCACCCCUUCUACGGCAUCGACUUCCCCGGCGGUGCCCGGGCAACCGGGAGGUUCAGCAACGGCUACAACAUCGCCGACUUCGUCGCGAGGCAGCUAGGGUUCGAGAGGAGCCCUCUUGCCUAUCUUGAGCUGAAAUCACGCAACUACCUCAUCCCCAGCGCUCUCAAGAGAGGAGUGAACUACGCUUCCGCCGGUGCUGGGAUCCUCGACUCCACUGUAAGCCACUUUUUAUUGGAGAAUUUUGAGGAUUUGCCCCAUGUUUGCUUACACUUUGAGGAUUUGCCAUCCUUUUGCGGGCAACUGAUCAUUCGCCACAAGUUUGCUAGAAACUUGAUAAUUGGCCCCUGA